AUGUUGAGGCUAUCUGCUAAUUUGUCCAAGGUGAGGCUAACUCAUCAAGUUCCUCUAAUAUCGACGCAUAAUUUCUCCACCACUCCGUUUCUCCUAGCAUCACCAAGACAAAAGGAGGGUAAAUCAAAACAGAUUUUAAAGAGAAAAGUGGUUGAAAAGGACAAGGUUAAAAAAUCUACAGGUUUGACUCAUUAUCCAUUCAAAGAUGCGGUGCAGCAUUUGAACUUGGAGAAGUUGGCGCCUCCAAUGGAUUACGUUGAACCAUUAACCAAAGACUCCUUAACCACAUCAACAAUAACCGUGUAUCCAACCGACAUUGAGGAGAAAUUGCGUACUUUCCAAGCGUUCAAGAAGUUCCAACACCAUGAAAUGUUUAGAAACCCUGUGUCGUUGACCACCUCAAACACCGUCAACAUUUAUGACAAUUUUGUUAAAAAAUUAACCAAUGAGUCGAAAACCAAUCGUAAAUAUAUUGAUGGGAUAAAGGGAAGUGGGAAAUCCACCUUGGUCAACCAAGCCUUGGCGUUAGCUCUUCAAGAGUUUCAAGAUGAGGUUGUUAUUUUGCACUUACAUUCAGCUGAUAUACUAGGAAAUGGAUCAUCAGAUUAUUUCAAAAAUAACAAACUAGGCUUGUACCAACAACCAAUGGUGACCAAGAGAUGGUUGCGUAAGAUAUUGGCAGUUAACAAAGACAUUUUCCAAAAAUUGAAAUUGACUCAGGAUGUCAAGUUUUAUCAAGAUAAACAAGAAAUCAGUUUAAAAGCUGGUGAAAAUACUUUGUAUGAUUACCUUUCUCAAAAUAGAGAAAUCAAUAAAGUGCAACCAACAAUGUCAUUCCAGUUUUUCAUUGACCAAUUGAAACAGCAUUCUAAAACUGUUCCCAUCAUUUUAUCAAUUGAUAAUUUUAAUGCCAUGGCUGAUUUUUCAAUUACUCAAUAUCGUUCGCCAGAUUUCAAACCUGUACAUAUAAGUGAAUUUGAAUUGGGUGAUUUCAUAUUGCGAGCAGCUAGUGGUGAAUUGAGCUUUGAUAAAGGUGGUGUAUUAUUGGCCAAAUCUUGUGAUUUUGCACCAGCUAGAAAGACAACCCAUGUGGCAGUAUAUCCAAAUGAAGAAUACGAUCCGUUUAUGAAGUACCCCAACUUGGACAUGUCUGUAACGCAGAGAUUGGUGGCUAAUGGGGGCAUAGAACCAGUUAAAGUUGCCCCCUUGACUAAAGAGGAAGUGAGAGCAUUAUUGUCAUUUUGGAGAGAUCAACAAGUGUUGAUAACAAGACAAGAUUUCCAUAAACAAGAAUUUAACGAUGAACAAGCUGACAUUGUUGACGAGGAGUUUGAUCCUGAAGCUCAAUUUGAAAAAUUGGUCCAAUCGAGUUUUGUUGUUUCACAAGGUAACCCUUAUGGAAUUUUAAAACAAAAUUUAAUUAGCUAUUAG